UUAUACUGUGUGUGGCAUUUUACAAGGCAGUUCACACGGGCACAUACACAUAGAGAGGUUGAGUCUGUACAUUCGGUAGGAAUUUACAUCAUAUAUCGUCGAAGUACCCGGAUUUUCGUCAUCAAGUUGUGUUUCAAGUUGUUCACAAGGCUGUACCCCGGGUCUAGGGUUCAUAUGGAUGUUACACACCGAGGAAUUAUUUGAUGGAUUACCGAUAAAGGCAGAUUCGCGGGUCGACCUCGAGCCGUGUUGUGUGUAGCUGACUGGUCGAUGUGCAUUCCAUACAGACGUCGUUUCCCUAUGUUAUUGCAUGUGUAGAAUCUUUCUAGUGUUGGAUUGUAUGAAAAGUACAAUCUAAAUGAAGACUGGUGUGUUUUUUGGGAUAUAGUUUAAGCUAAUAAACCCAGCGAUGUAUCCGAAUCGCCACCCGACGCCACACCAACCCGGCCAACCGUUUAAAUUUACGGUGGCGGAAUCGUGCGAUCGAAUAAAAGAAGAAUUCAGCUUUCUACAAGCCCAAUAUCACAGUUUAAAAAUGGAAUGCGAGAAACUGGCUCAGGAAAAGACAGAAAUGCAACGACACUAUGUUAUGUAUUACGAGAUGUCCUAUGGAUUAAAUGUGGAAAUGCAUAAACAGACUGAAAUUGCUAAGAGGCUGAAUGCUAUUUGUGCUCAGGUCAUUCCAUUUCUCUCUCAGGAGCAUCAGCAGCAAGUGGCGGCAGCAGUAGAAAGAGCCAAACAGGUGACUAUGACAGAACUCAAUGCUAUCAUUGGGCAGCAGAUGCAGGCUGGCCAGCACUUGGCAGGUGCCCAUGCACAUGGAGCCCCACCCUUCCCGAUGCCUCCCCAUCCCCCCGGACUACAGCCCCCAGGGCUACCCUCUAGUACUGCCUCCACCCUUCUCGCCCUCACCGGACACAGUGCCCUCGGGCUUUCCACACACCUCAACUCACUCAAGGAGGAAAAAGACGAAAAACAUAGGUCUUCCACCUCACCUGGAGAUAGAGACAAGUAUGGAGAAAAAUAUGCAGAGAAAUUCAGCGAAAAAUACCCAUCACACCGCAGCCGAACUCCAGAAGUAAAUGAAAAUGCAUCAAAGAAGCGUAGAACAGAAGAAAAAUCUGUUGAUAGUGACGCUGAAAAGAGCGACUCGGAGCUGGUUGUCGACGUCGGGGAGGUGAGAAGCAACAAACCAAUCACUGACACGGCUCCUCCUAUGAAUGGAGAUUUAUCACCAAGAGAAAAAGUCCCCAAAGAGCUCCCAAAGAAAUCAGAAGAUCGGAUAAGUCCUAGAAGUGAUGCUUCCUCACACGGAAGUGUUGCAUCCAACAAACAUGGCCGAGAGAAUGAAAAGGCAUCAACUCCUGUUUCAAAGCCAGCCACCCCAACAAGUUCAGGAAGCACAACGCCUGGGCCCUCUGGAGGGAGUGCCAUGAAGUCAGGUGCGAAGUUCCCUCUUGCAGGUUCCUAUCCCCCUUUUAUGCCCCCAGGCGGACCCCAUGGCCUACCCGCAGAGAUCCCUCCGGCCAACUAUAGUAACGGAAUCCUCCACAACAACAUCUCCCCAAACCCUGCCAUUGGAAACUACCACCGCCCUUUGUUUGAUCCUCACCCCCCAGCGAUGAGGCCCGGGGCAGGCAUGGGAGGAAUCCCCGGGGGAAAGCCAGCAUAUUCCUUCCACGUAAGCGUUGAUGGCCAGAUGCAGCCUGUGCCAUUUCCACCAGACGCUCUGAUUGGUCAGGGUAUUCCGCGCCACGCUAGGCAGAUCAACACACUGAACCAUGGGGAGGUUGUGUGCGCUGUCACUAUCAGUAAUCCCACGAGACAUGUCUACACUGGAGGCAAGGGAUGUGUAAAAGUAUGGGAUAUUAGUCAACCAGGAAACAAAAGUCCCAUUUCACAGCUAGAUUGUCUGCAAAGAGAUAACUAUAUCCGAUCCAUUAAGCUUCUCCAAGAUGGCAGGACGUUAAUUGUGGGAGGUGAAGCCAGUACACUCUCCAUAUGGGACCUGGCCGCGCCCACUCCACGGAUCAAAGCCGAGCUGACCUCAAGUGCACCUGCAUGUUAUGCUCUGGCCAUUAGUCCAGACUCCAAGGUCUGCUUCAGCUGUUGUAGUGAUGGUAACAUCGCAGUCUGGGACCUCCAUAAUCAGACACUCGUAAGGCAAUUCCAAGGUCACACAGAUGGAGCAAGUUGUAUAGACAUUUCCCCUGAUGGUACAAAACUAUGGACUGGAGGGCUGGACAACACUGUCCGGUCCUGGGACCUUAGGGAGGGCCGACAACUACAACAGCACGACUUUAGUUCACAGAUCUUCUCACUGGGGUACUGCCCUACAGGAGAGUGGCUAGCUGUGGGUAUGGAGAGCAGUAAUGUGGAGGUAUUACACUGUAGUAAACCUGAUAAAUAUCAGCUACACCUCCACGAGAGCUGCGUUUUGUCACUCAAGUUUGCAUACUGUGGCAAGUGGUUCGUCAGUACUGGCAAGGACAACCUUCUAAAUGCAUGGCGCACUCCUUACGGUGCUAGUAUCUUCCAGUCGAAGGAAUCUUCGUCAGUGUUGAGCUGCGACAUAUCAACUGACGACAAGUACAUUGUGACGGGUUCAGGCGACAAAAAGGCCACACUGUACGAAGUUAUAUUCUAAAUGACACACUGCCGUGUCGCACAGAUCUCCUAGGCCACCACAAGUGUUUCACUGAGCGUGCCGGAACUCUUGGUGAAAUCCAGUGUUCACUUCCAAUUCAGACAUACGUAAGCUUGAUGCUGAUUGGUGGAAACCCAUGUUGUAUUCUGAAAGGACAGAAUUUAGAUAUAUAUGGAAGGCACCAACAGGGCUAUGAAAUGGACCAACAGAACUGAUCAUUUUACUUCAUGGUGACACUUAGACAACCAACUAUUGAAAUGAGGCACAUCAGCUUCUGUCGGUGUCAAACCUGAGAAAUCCAGUUCCUUGUGAACACAAAGUGUAAACGAGUUCAGAAACACUUUUUUUCCCUCACUGUAUUUCUGGAUUAAAUGUUGAAUGGCAGAUUUCAUGUGGUAGUGGUUCCCAUGAUUACUAAAAGUAAUUGCCAUGGAAACAGACUAAACCCUGCUACAGAGUGCUAUAAUUACCUCAUAAACAUACGUGUAUAUGUAGAUGGGAGGAGCCGUAGCGCAAAAUGAACACAAGUCGACGGAGUCAUCUUGCCCAAAGUCCCUGUGAUUAGAAGUAUUGAUCAAGUGUGUGUAAAUAUUUUAGACCAUUUUCCCCCAUGUUGUUUUCAAAAACUUUUUUCUCCACCAAAAAAAGUAUAUAUAUAUCGAAACACUGAUGUGGAAAUAAUAAUGUACGGUCAUUUUAGAUGUGACCUUGUAUGAUUUUCCAAGGUCACGGGACUGAGACACUCGGAUGGAUAGUGUUGUGAUUCUGAUGAAUAGUGUACGCAAGAAGUGGUGCGACUGUUACUGGAUGAUAAAUGUUGUUGUAGAAAUGAAAGCUAUUUAACAACAACUUAACCAACAGGCCAGCAGUUCUGUUGACAGUAUAUACAUAGAUAUAUCACAAUAUGUGAAUUUCUCUUCUUUUUUCUCAUUCCUUUUGGGGAAAAUUUGAGCAGCACUUUCUCUUUUGAACAAAUCCUGGUCAAAGUAUGACUGCAGGCUGCUUGGAAGUCAUUUUUCAUUCUUAUUGAUAAGUCAUCAGCCCGUAUAUGGGAAAAUCAGGUAGAUAAUUAUAUAUAUGUGUGUGGUAUUUGUCGGUGUUGUUGUCCGAGUUUUUCUCCCUAGUGUUUUUUAUGGAUAGACAACACUUCACUCAGGUCACGGUCCAUCAGUGGACAGAACACUGUAUGCAUGCCCAUUUUAGAAUCCAAUUCCGUUUAGAAUUUUUUUUUUUUUAAAUUGAGAUAAUUUUUGUUUGAUCAGAUUUGUAGGCUCAUGUGCACUCAAUAAGAUUGUAGUGACAUGAUCUAUCAAGAUCAGUAAAGCAUUUGUUUGCUGAAUGAGUAUGAUGAUCACUUCUUGUGAUGGGUCAGAAUUACUAUUGCUCCUUAAUGUGUGUUCAUGAAAUCGGAGUGAAUAUUACCUUUUGAUAUUCACCCCAUAUUAAUGAACUUGACAUUAGUGUACGGUUCAAGAAAUUUAUAAGUAUGAACAUUACCUUUGAUUAUAUGUUCAUGGCCACAAGUUGAUGUAUUGACUAGAUGUUAAUGACAUCACCACUAAAACUUCGUGUUCUGGAGAAACAAGUGACCAUGUAUUCAGUGUUCGACGUGCUAUGCAUGCACACUUUACCCUCUGCAAUAAUGUUCAUCUGCCCUUCCAUAUCUCAUCAUGGGCACUAGACACGAAAAAUCGGCCAGCAUGCAGGACACUAGACACGAAAAGUCGGCCAGCAUGCAUGUUGCAGCAGUGAAAAACAGCACAAAAUCAUAUCUGUUCAAAUUUCUAUCUCAAUUUGUCAUCAGUGAUAUACUAACACUUACAAAUGUAAGAUGCUUUUUUUUUUAAUUUUAAGGUACUUGUUUGUCAAGUGAAGGACUAAACAAAUGUUACUUUCUGAGGCUAGAAAAUUUGAACAUGCAAAAUAUUCUUCAUGGAAAAAAGUUUGCAAGAAUGGAAUGUCACUGUACUGUCAAAGAGAUGCAAGAAUUGCUUAAAUUGUCUUUGAUUUGAUUAAGAUUUCUUUAUAAAUAUACACAAAAGGCUUCAUUCCUAGAAAUCCAGGAAUCCUUCAAGUUACAUAUUAUACUGGUAAAGUGAAAGUAACAUACCAAUAUACCUCUGCCAGGGCCUGCUAAUGACAGUCCCAUCUCAUAUCCAUUGUUUGUAAAUGAACUGUAUACAUGUUGUGUAAAUGGUGAGAAAGGAGUGUCAUUGUGCUAAGUGGAACAGUAUGUAUAAAUAUUAAGUUUGACAGGGGUGCGCCAAGGGGUAUUUGUACCUGAACAAUAGUUGGAUUAGUAUGUAUUAUAUUGAAAAAAAAUGUGUGACUGGGGUAUGCUAUGGGGUAUAUAUGUUCAUGUGCUGAAAAUAGUCCAAUUAUCACCUCUCCCGUUCAUAGCAGAUAUUGUGCUUGUGGAUUCUUUUGUUAUCAUCCCACACUUUGUGUUAAUUGUCUGCUCAAGCUCCGAGCAUAAUAAUAAUUAUGAUGAUGAUGAUGAUGAUGACAUCAUAUUACAUAUGUAUCCUAUUAUAGGAGAAAAUUGUCGUUCAUUUUCACGACAUGGACUUGGAAAUAUGUGACAUUUCUAGUCAAUAGGUUUCUCUUCACGGAUGUCCGAGGGUAUGUUUUAUCAACAGCUGUUGUCUGUAAGUCUGUCUGGUUCAACAAAGUAGUAAUUAAUGUCACUUCUAGAAUCAAUUAUCAUUUGUCCGUUUGAACUGUUCGGAAAAUUGUUUAUUCUAAAUACAAACUGUAGUAAUAGUUCUGGACAAAAAUAAAACACUUUGGAAAAAAAAAUUUGUUCAAAACCCAAAAUUUUCCCUGAUGCAAUUUAGUUUCCAGGAAAUGUAUUUUUGAGGACACUCACAAAAUCUUGUUUGAUGUUGUAUGACACAGGCAAUCUUUCGUAUUUCGUCAAAAAAAACAACAACCAAAUGGCAGCAAGGUGAUAGGGUAUUAUUUUGUUCCUAUCAGAAAGGUACCUAUAGACUAAUAGUAGUUUAGAUACAAAAUAUACAUUCCCCCCAGACUGCACGACAACACUAGGAUCAUAUCAAACAGACAACUGAUAGCCCCCUCUCUAUCGUAGGCUGGUUCUCUCCCCUUUGUUCCUCUUUACUGUACAGGUGACGCUUCCAGUCUCAAGUACCAUUCAUGCUAUGGUCAUUGUCUGUUAUCAGGCAAUCCAGAAGAUUGUUGCACAUUUGCAUUCUGGGAUUGUAAUUAUCUCCACUAGAGGAUUCCACCUGCUAUGGGUCAAUAUCUGGAACCUUAUUCAUAUGCAUGCUAUAUAAUCUUUCACAGAUGUUGCCACCAGUUAAACUGUUCAGAUUAUAUAGGUAGAGUACUUUAAGAUGCUUCUAAAGAGAUGGCAGCACCUGUUCUGUGGGGCUCAUUUCCAUGGUGACAGAACCUGUGUGUGGCUACUAGUUAAAUGUUAGGUGCAUUGCAUAGGUAGCAGCACCAUCCACAUAGGAUGCUUCCACACAGGUGGCAGCACCAGUUCUGUGAGAGCAUGUUACAUCUAGGUGGCAGCACCUGCUCUUAGGGGUAUGUUGCACAGGUUCACAACUGGUACUAUGUCCCUGAGAGAGGUCAAAGGUUAUAGAGAAUCAGCCACUCCUAUCCCAGUACAAGUGUUGCGCUUUGGCGGUUUCUACAUGGUGAUGCUAGAGUUCAGGGCCCCUGUAUUUGUGGGCAGGUUUGAGAGACGGACUAGAAACAGCAAGUAGAUAUGAUACCCUGUUGAAAUUGUUAUAACUAUUCUCUAUUUUUGUAAUUAAAAGUUUACAAAAACAAA